GCAAAAUUGGCCCGCAGAUCAAUCGAAGAAAAUGAGUUUGCGUGCUGCACCCGAAGGGUCUUUGAAGUCAAUGGGUUUUGAUGAUCAAAGGAGCCAACCGCCUCAAGCACCGGACCAAUUUAUAGCCUUUCCAUCCCACCAUGUUCUCCAAUCCCAAACAAAAGAGGCAGAAAUUGGAAGAUGAUACUACUGGAAUCCCCUUGUUGUUCGAUUGGAAGGAUAUUUGGGUCAAGAUGAUCUUUCCAUUUCUCGGCUUGGGACACUAUGCCUUUUGUAGCUCCCGUCAAUAGGAAACUGAAGCAGCUUUAUCAGGAAUACUGCACCACUGUGAUGAAUCCUCCAUCUGUGAGGAUUCAUUUCAUUGGAAGGGAAUUUGCCAGCACAGACACUUUCGUCCGCAACGCUUUUUAUUGCGUCAGUUGUGCCGAGUAUUGGGAUCAAUCCAGGGGCGACGGAAGCGUUCCACGACGCAAUCUUGUUUGCCAGACCAUUGCCAAGUUUGGGAGUCUGCCAGUGAUCCAAUGGGCUCAUGAAAAAGGAUUUCCGUGGGACAGUGGCACCUGUGCGGUUGCUGCCGAACACGGGUACGUGGACCUUCUAAAGUGGCUUCAUGACAAUGGCUGUCCAUGGGAUGAAAACACUUGCGAAAAUGCAGCCAAAGGUGGAAAGUUGGAUGCAUUGAAGUUUGCUCAUGAAAAUGGAUGUCCAUGGAAUGCAAGCACAUGCCAAAUGGCUUCUUUGUUCGGCCAUUUGGAUGAUCUAAAGUUUGCACGCGAAAAUGGAUGCCCACGGGAUGCCGAUUCAUCGUGGGGUGCUGCCAAAAAUGGUCACUUGAAUGUGUUGAGGUGGUUGAAGGCCAAUGGAUGCCCAUGGGAUGAAAGGACCUGCAUGUGUGCUGCAGAAAAUGGCCAUAUAGAAGUAUUACAAUUUGCUCGUGAGAACCAUUGCCCCUGGACAUACACUUGCUCGAGAGCUGCAGGAAAUGGACAUCUGGAUAUCCUGAAAUGGGCACAUGAGAAUGGAUGCCCUUGGGAUACAGAUACAUGUGCCAGUGCUGAAAUGAAUGGCCACCCAGAAGUAUCGCAUUGGGCCUGUAAUAAUUGAUGCACAUCAGUUGGCUUUUUGUUCUUGUGCUCUACCAGCAAAUAAAAUAAUUAGCGUAACAAUUUGUACGACCGUACGGUACUCAUGUGUGUGAUGGGAACAGCUCAGUUGUCUAUUAUUUCUAGUUUCUAGUAGUGUGCAAUUGGCUCGAUAAG